AUGCCAGCCCCCGGAUCUAAAGACGGCCACUCGAGCAAGGCCUCGCGCGACCUCGGCGGGCACCGCGGGUUACCCCGGGAGAUCAAGAACGUGGCCGUGAAGUCGAACGGGUUCAAGGGUGGCGCUUUCGGCGCCGCCGACGGCAAGGGACGAAACGGCGUCCGGCUCGGCGAGGGCGGGAGCGCGCGAUCGAUCGACGCGAGGAAACGAUUGCGAGAGGUGUUUGAACGUCGGAAGCGCGGGGACGGGGCGAGAAAGGAGACGAGGAAGCGCACGAGGACGGCGGGCGGGGAGGCGACGGUGGAGGCGGCGGCGACGGCGACGGCGGCGCCGGCGGCGACGGUGGAGGCGACGGCGACGGUGGGGGCGGCGACGGAGGAGACGACGAAGGACGAUGAUGAGGGUAAUGAUACAUAUGCGGCGUUGGAGGCGAGCGGGUACUUUUGCGCGGCGUGUCAGAAGAAGUGUGCGACGCGGAAUAACUGGGAGAGUCACGUCGCGUCGCGCAAGCACCGAGAGGCGGCGGAACGCGAGCGCGGUCGGGAGAUUUUAGCGUCGUUAAAGCGACGGAAACUCGAAGCCGCGGGAGUGCGAGACGUAGAAUAA